AUGACACGCGACAACUACGAGAUGAAUAACAGACUAUCCCGUGGCGGAUCUCUAUUUGGUGGCGACCCCCAAACGCAACUGAGAACAGCCCUACGGACCAACGACUAUGCGACCUUUAAAAAGUUAGUCGGCUAUGGCGCUGUCGAUCUUGAAUACGUAUACCCAUAUCCUGAUUAUAAAACCUGCCUCGAGCUUGCAAUUUCUGAGCCCAACAAAAAGGAUUUUGUUAAACUUCUAUUACAACACGAGGUCCAAGUUAACAACAUAAACGAAACGCAUGGAGCAGCUCCGAUACAUUUUGCUGUUGAAACUGGAAACAUCGACGCAUUGGCUCUACUCUUGGAAGAUGAUAGAAUCGAUGUUAACGUAAAAUGUAAAGGAAAUACAGCACUCCUUAUGGCUAUUAAACAAAUACAAGAUUUAGAUGAUGACCGCGAACGCGAAUUGGCAGUGUAUGAAGAUAUGGUUGAACUAUUAGUGAAAGCGGGCUGUAAUGCAAACGCACCAGAUCAACGAGGGGUUACACCUGUAUACUCUGCAGCGAAGCAAGGUCUUGAGAGGGUAAUAACGUAUAUCUUAGACUAUUCAAAGGACCCAGUUAACUUAGAUUCCUACAAAGAUAUCAGAGGGAAGACGGCUCGUUAUUACCUGCAAGAAGCAUUUCCACAUCUUGUCGCAAGAUUUGAUUCUAACUCUGAAACUGCUGAAAUUGUUGAUGCUGACAAACUAUUUUCUUAUCUUAGCAGACACGAGGAAGAUAAUUUUAUACGGGACUUUAACCGACUUGUUAAAAAGAAUGAGCAUCGAACAGUUUUAUCAGCCAACAACGGUAUGAAUACUUUACUGCAACAGGCGACCGAUAAAGGUUUCGAAAAGGUAGUGUUGAAUUUGUUAAACAAUGGCGCUGAUCCCAACGCAACUUGUUCAGGGAACUCAGUUCGCCCUGUAGCUAUAGCUUGUCAAAACGGAUACAGCCGUAUACUGAAAAUGUUUAUUGAUCACGAAUCAACUUUAUUUGAUUCCGUCAAUAGUGAGUCUCUAUUACAAAUAACAAUAAAAGGCAUGCGAACGGGAUCAAAGAGCCAUCAAAUCGAUUUCCAAAGUUGUUUGGAUAUGCUAUUGAAAAAUCCCAAAAUCAAUACUGAUGUUAACCACAAAGAUGUGAAAGAUAACACAGCUUUACAUUACGCAGCGAGGAACGGCGAUCCAGACACAGUCCUUGACUUAUUACGCAAUGGUGCAUGUAUAGGGCUGAGAAAUAAAUUUGACGAACCGCCAUUAGCAGACAUCAGCGCUAAAACACUCGAAACAUAUUUGGACGAAUGUAUUACAACUAACGGUGAGCGACCAAGCGAUGACGAUUAUGAAAUACAUAUCAAAUAUAGCUUUCUCGUUUAUCCCAAUAACUCAUUGGAAAAUGAAUUAUCUAAAAUUCCUUUGAUGGACAAAUCUAACAAUAAUGUUGAUAAAGAGUUUGAUGCUAUUUUAGCUCCAGAAACGGAGGCACUUCUAUAUAUGACCAGAAAUGAAGAGCUCCGACCGUUAUUAAAACAUCCUGUCAUAACAAGCUUCUUGUAUUUAAAAUGGCAACGAAUUAGCUGUCUUUUCUAUGCUAACAUUACAUUUUAUUUCCUGUUGUGGUUAUGCUUGAUGCUCUACAUUAUUUUUGGCUAUGGAGUUGAUAGACAACAACCAAAAUCCAUCGAAACUUUAAAUAUUCUAACUCAUAUCGGUACUAGCAUUGGACUAAUUCUUUUAAUAUUUCGAGAAUUAUUCCAGUUACUGGUAUCACCAACUCGGUACCUUCAGAGCAUUGAAAAUUGGAUGGAAAUUGCUCUCAUUUUCGUAACUGCCUGGAUAGUAUGCUAUGAUUCAGCCCCGGAAUCAACGAAACAACAGCUAUCUGCUGUAGCCAUAUUAUUGUCAUCUGCUGAAUUUGUUCUUCUAAUUGGCCAAUUCCCAACCUUAUCCACGUACAUCGUAAUGUUAAAAACCGUUUCCUGGAACUUUUUCAAAUUCCUACUCUGGUACUGCAUCCUAAUCAUCGCAUUUGCUUUGAGUUUUUACUCAUUAUUUAGAGAGGACGUAAAAGAUGAAGAACAAACAGCUCCAAAUCCUAACCCAGCCCCAGAAGAUGAGGAAGAAGACUUUUUCAAGGAUCCAGGCAGUUCCUUAUUUAAGACAAUCGUCAUGUUAACGGGCGAAUUCGAUGCCAGCUCAAUCAAAUUCAGUACAUUCCCAAUUACAAGUCACAUAAUCUUUAUAGUUUUCGUUUUCAUGAUACCCAUUGUACUGUUUAAUCUGUUAAAUGGUCUAGCAGUCAGCGAUACACAAGAGAUAAGAGCCGACGCUGAAUUAGUCGGGCAUAUAUCUCGGGUAAAGCUGAUAUCCUACUUCGAAAGCGUCUUGAUAGGUAAAUCAUAUACAAAGCCAAUGCGAUGCUGGUCUUGGUUCCCUCAAUAUAUUCAAGACCUUCAGUUUAUAACCCCGAAGACAUUAUGUAUGAAACCAUUUGCCACAAGAAUUAGUUUAUUCCCGCAUUUCCUGCCGAAAUACAGGAUAAUCGUGAAACCAAACCAAGAUAACAGAUUUGACAUUCCACAUCCUGAACCUGGUAAAUAUGGGGAUGAUUAUGAAGAUAUAGAAGGCGGAAAGUGUUGUUUCGAGCGGUGUCAGGCGAAUAGAUUAGACAGAAAAAUUGUGAAAAAUGCAAAAGUUGUCAUCGGUAAAAAGACGUACAUCUCAGAAUUCGACGAAAUUAAAGACAAACUAUCCCAUUGUGAAAGGAAAAUCGAGAGCAUUGAAAGCACACUGAAGAAAGUUUUGCAAAAUUUAGAAAAUAAGUAUUAA